AUCAUCUGAAGAGACCUGGAGCACCUGAAGCCCGGGCGUUUGUGCCGGCUGACGCGAGGGCUCUCCACGAUGAGCGCACUUCUCCUCAGCGCCCGCUCCAGCCACACAUUCAGCGUUCACAGCCAAAUAGGCUCUGGUCAGCGGAGGAGACGGGAUGUGAAAGUUAUGGGACCUGGAUACUGUCAUUGUCUGCUGUUGCUGUGCUGAAGCUGAAGCCGAAUAUGCCCCUGCGUGCAACAGGAACAGCCUGGAUGCUGACUGCUGCUCACCUAGCACUUUGCCCGGACAAGUGGUUCAUCAUUACAGUGUUUUCGAAGACGACAGGCUUGAAUUUUGGGCGCGAGAUACAGCUUUUGCUGCAGAGAACUUGUAAAGUCCUGUUAGAUUAUCCACAUCCAUCAGGCCAUCCUAUCUGCAACGCAUUUCUAACAGCGCUUCGGACCAGCUGUGCAAUAACAAUCCGUUUAACAUCAGUAACAUUUUCAAGAUAGACCGCCUGAUUUCAGCUCAAUAGGUUUUGUCUGCAUAUAUUAUGCUUCUCUCUCAGUGCUUCUGCAUGCAUCUUGUCAUUUUAUUUUCCUUGAUGCGUUGCCAACGUAAUGGCUCAUUUGCAAGAGGCUUCAUCUUUCAAAUUAUGUUUUGACAAGACAGACUUAAUAUGAUCAUUACUCUAAUGGCUUUUAUGAGAAUGCCCCGAUGUCCUUUUUUUCCCCUUUGGUGAACUUAAAUAGGUGUGCGUGUUUCAUUCCACCUUUGCAGGACAGGACAGUGUUCAGUAUCAGCUAAGGUUUUGGAACUGAUGGUUCCCGUCCUGGACAAUAUGACCCCAGCUCCUCCGACACAGAACUGCUCAAACUGCAGCCAGGUUUUAGUCCCAGAGCUCAACGUGGUCAAAGCUAUAGUUUUGGGUCUGGUGCUUGGUGUCUUUAUCAUGUUUGGAAUAGUGGGAAACAUCCUGGUAAUUCUGUCAGUGGUCUGCCAUCGACACCUGCGAACUGUCACACAUUAUUUCAUAGUUAAUCUGGCGGUGGCAGAUUUGCUGCUGAGCUCCACCGUGCUACCUUUCUCUGCCAUUUUUGAGAUACUGGAUCGUUGGGUGUUUGGACGGGUCUUUUGUAAUAUUUGGGCAGCUGUGGAUGUGCUCUGCUGCACGGCCUCCAUCAUGAGCCUGUGUGUGAUUUCCGUGGAUCGCUACAUUGGAGUCAGUUAUCCCCUGCGUUACCCCGCUAUCAUGACAAAACGUAGGGCCCUGUUGGCUGUGAUGCUGCUGUGGGUGCUCUCUAUCAUCAUAUCUAUUGGACCUUUGUUCGGUUGGAAAGAGCCGGCACCGGAGGACGACACAAUCUGCAAGAUCACAGAGGAGCCGGGCUAUGCAAUCUUCUCUGCUGUGGGCUCCUUCUAUCUCCCCCUGGCCAUCAUACUGGCCAUGUACUGUCGGGUUUAUGUGGUAGCUCACAGGGAGAGCCUGGGCCUGAAAGAGGGCCACAAGACAGAGAAGUCAAAGUCAGAGCAAGUGACACUCAGGAUACACAGAGGCAACACAACUGUGUCGGAAGAUGAGGCUCUGCGCAACCGCACGCAUUUCGCACUGCGACUGCUCAAGUUCUCACGUGAGAAGAAGGCCGCCAAGACUCUGGGCAUUGUGGUUGGCUGUUUUGUGUUGUGCUGGCUGCCAUUUUUUCUGGUGCUACCCAUUGGUUCCAUUUUUCCUGCAUACAGACCUUCAGACACUGUCUUCAAAAUCACCUUCUGGCUCGGUUACUUCAACAGCUGCAUCAACCCCAUCAUCUACCCAUGCUCCAACCAGGAGUUCAAGAAAGCUUUCCAGAGUUUACUGGGAGUUCACUGUCUGAGAACAACUCCCAGACCCCACCACCACCAUCUGAGUGCAGGUCAGGGUCAAACACAAGGCCACGGCCAGCCCCUCACUCUGGGCCUCGACAGCAGGGGGGCCCCCUCUCGACUCAGCCCCUCCUCCUCCAUGGCCCUGUCCAGAACUCCUUCCUCCAGGGACAGCAGGGAGUGGAAGGUCUUUUCUGGGGGCCCCACGGGCGAGUCUGGACCAGCAGAAACAAGUACAGCUAAAAUGGCUAAACUGUGCAAUAAAAGCUUCCAGCAGACCUGCUGCUGCAUUCUCAGCGAAGGGACUCCCCCACAUGAGUCAAACUGCGCUCAGCCACCUCCUGUCGGAAACCUUCCCACCAUUAAAAUCCAUCAACUGUCCCUGUCGGAAAAAGGAGAGCCUGUAUAACCACUGUAAUCCUUCGUCCAGUAGAUAGAACUCCUCUUUCAAGGUCACAAAUGAGGGUAUAUUUUCUUUUCGCAAAGAAAGAAUUAAAAGAAUGGCAGCUUUAAAAUGUAAAUUUGAAACAUCUCUGCUUUGGUGUCACUCUGGGUACAAGAAAACCUCACCCCUCUCUAUUUUACCUCUAUUAGAAGACAGUGUCCGUAAAAAAUGUGGAAAUGACAUCCUGAACCCCUCCUCUAACAUGGACCAAACGAUUCCAAGAUGUUUACAUGUUUUAUAACAGAAGAGCAGUUGUAUGUGUACAAGUGUAAAUGGGAACAUUUAAUAUAUAGCAUGAUUUUACCAACCAUUUCAAAAAUGCUGGUGAGUGGUGCACUUGUUGUCUCCAAAAUUUGCCUAAUUCUGUUCCUAUUGUGGAAACGCUUACUCCUCUGUACACGGUACAAAAAAAAAGAAAAGAAAAAAAAAGGAACAUUGCGUACCACUGUGUCACAUACAAUAAAUUUGUAUGACAUAUUCCUAACAAGGGAUUCAUUGAGACGUUUUGGGAUUUUUGUUAUUAUUUAUUUGUUAUGUUUCCUUUUUUGGGUUGAUUCAUUAAAUAUAUAACCCAUCAAAA